AAGGUUGUGCCAGGAUUUUAGCUUCAGCUCAAAGCAAGUUUUAAAGCCAAGUAAAGGUAGACUCGGUGUUGUACCUGUGUCUAUUGUGUUUAGCGAUUUUGUUUUUGUUUGUCCAGGUUCUCAGGAAAUCAAUUCAGCUAUACUGGAUCCACCAUUUUCUAUAGCAUACCACAAGAACAUGAUACUCAAGAACCAGGAAGUAAAGAGACGUCAAAACAACAUGUACUGUAUUUCCAAGCAAAGACAUGCGGUUUGAUAGACCCCUAGAAACAACAUUGGAGAGACGUCACACUUGCAACAAUAACGCAUGUUCAGGUUUGCAUUUUGAGGAAGGACAUGAGAACAAAAAAUUGAACAACCGAAUGAAAAGGGAAAUGGUAUUCUUUGGACCGCGGUCUCCUAACUGGAAUAGUGCUAUUUUACACACAUUUUGCUCUCGCUUUUUUUUUUUUUUUUUUUUUUUAUGCUAUUGCAGCUGUACCUGACUAGGUAUUUUACAGUUACCUACUAAGUCCAAAGUAUUGAAGUAUUUUUUUUUAUUCUUAUUUGGGGGUGGCUAGUCUGUGUAGUAGGAAACCCAGUCUGUGCAAUUGCCUGCCUGUGUGUUUUCUUCCUGUAAAUUAGGUUUCCUUUUUGUAAAAGUGAAACUUAAAACUGCACGGUGCUGCGAGGGAGAAAUAUAUUGCGCAGGCAACCUGCACGCAUCACCAAAGGGCCUGUGACAACAAUGGACAAGCGGCAUUUGUUAAGUGAUCAAGAUGAUGAUCCUCAGUUUCCUGGUCCUGGAAAUCCAGUCUUUACAGGUAUGCCUGCACCUGACCUGCCUCAGGGUGGAGGAGCAUCAGCGCCCCCUGGUGAGAUGAUGCACAAUGUGCCUGGAUAUGAAGGAACAGGCUCUGGAGAAGGAAAAUGUGUUCCUCCACCAAACCCUGGUUUGGCCAGCCCAGGAAGAGGGCCUUCACCUUCUGAGAGACAAUGGGAGAUUCCUUCUAUCGGUGAAGACUUUGCUAAAGAUGCCUUCAUCGAGUAUGCUUCCAGUAAGUGCUGUUACAGCUCUCGUCCUGCCAAAGAGUUGUUGUUCACAGACCUUCAGGCACACAAUACAUACAGGUAUCGCCUGGAGACCUUCGUUGAGUCCAGAAAAACAGAGUGGGACAGUGUGCCUUAUACAGGUCAGGUGGUGGACUCGUAUGGAUCAUGUGUUCCUGCCCCAUGGGACAUUGCUGUUCAGGUCCCGGCUAUGUUUCAGAAUGGAAAACGAGCCGUCCAAGUUCCUCACACCUCCUCUGUCAAGGGAUGUCACAACUGUUUGGCGUUGGGUAAAUCUGCUUGCCAGAAAUGUAUAGCAAGUGGAUGGAUGCAGUGCUGGGUGUGUAAUGGCUCUGGCAGACGCAUGUCUGAUAACAGAUGCUCCCACUGCAACGGCGUGGGACGUGUCAGAUGUACCGAAUGUUCAGGAAGUGGUUCAAAAACAUGUCAUACCUGUACAGGAAAAGGACAGCUUCUGUUCUUCAUUAAUCUCAUUGUGGAAUGGAAGAACCACAUAUACGAAUUUGUACCAGACAAGCGGUCUGGAUUCCCUGUUGAUCGGGUCAGCAAGGUGACUGGGGAGCUGCUUUUUACUGACACGCAGUAUAUGGUGUAUCCCGUUGUUAGUUUCCCUGACAACGCCAUUAACCAAGCCUCUCAGACGGCAGUGAGAGAACACCAGGCACAGUUUGUUACAACUUCCCGAAUUCUCCAGCAGAGGCAAACCAUUGAACUGAUUCCUGUCACACGUGUCCACUACACCUGGAAAGAGAAGACCUACAUCUACUUUGUCUAUGGAGCGGAGCAUAAAGUCUACACAGAUGACUACCCAGCAAAGUGUUGCUGUUGCACAAUAAUAUAAUUAUGUUAUUGUACACUUUUCUUGCGUCAAAUGCAUUGGAGAUACAUUAUCCCAUUAAUAUAUGUUGACAGAAAUGAGCAGAAACGAAUCUAUAUACACUUCUUUUUAUAGUAUAGCUUGAUCACUGUAAUAUCAAAGCUGCAUGGUCACACAUUGCAGUUCAGCUGUACACUAAAAUGCAAAUCAUGAUCUACUGUUUUUCUAUUUGUGAUUUUCUAUAAUUGUUGUAUUUACAGGCUUUUAUUUUGUUUGCUUUUAUAAAAGUUACCAAACGUACCCCAAAGAAUUUUGUUGCCUAUGGGAUGACCACAGCUUAUGUAAGAAAAGCACCUUGUUCAGUAUAUGUGUAAUAGGAUCACAAUAUGCUACUACACUGUAUUGCUUUAUAACAAUUUGAUAUUUGACAUGCAUAAAAAUUGCUGUGUAUUUUCA